AUGUGUUCCAUGAUUACUGAUAUACUUGACUACAUUAUCGCCCUUAUAACAGGAUACUCGCGUGGUCAGAGGGUCUUACUGGACCGCAGUCUAGUGGAUCUCCUAGGUUCGCUAUGGUGGACCCUCGGCCCUGUUAGCUACAAAAUUCAUGAUCCGAAGGUAAUUGCAAAUUUCGAGCAGCUAUGUCUCGACACAUUGGACAGGGAGGUGUUUGCAAAUCUGCAUAAUAAUCCCAAACUGCUCGAUAGUGUCACGAAGAUGGUCAUGGAGAGGCUAAAUAUCGAUGAAAAGUAUCUACAUCUCGUGGAAGAUGCAGUCCUGCAAAUAAGUAAGCACCUCUACCAUUUGGCUGUCUUUGACAAGACCAUCUCCGUACAAGUAGAUGAAGAAACAGAGGCCCAUAGAAAAUUGCUAGAUGAGCUGUGGACGUCCCUGGAGACCAGACCCUUGCCGGAAUCUUACAGUGUAUCCCACUCCGUGGAUGCUACUGACAAAACAACCAGCAGUUGGGGAGUGCUUGGGUUUCAGAUGCCUCUUACCGACUUUAGGAGGACUGGUUUGCUCGGCUUACAGUGCCUAAACUACAUGGCAACCAAUUUCCCCGAAAAAUCCAAAGAAGCCCUGGAAGCCUCCAACGAUGCCAAACUCUGGUUCCCUUUUGCAGUCACAAGUAUAAACGUAACUUCUUGGGUUUUAGAUUACUGGAACACGUCAAAACUUGGCGCAUUCAGUUACAAUAACGAUCGUCCUCCGCUGGAAACAUUUUACAUUAUCCACUCAUUCGUUUUCUUCGAGUUUAUAAACUUUUGGAGACUUUCCGAUGCAAAGUCCAUUCUUGAGUUCAAAGAGGUAUCUUUAAAACUACUUUAA